AAUGAACGAAUGAAAUUGGUUGUUUAUUUUUGGGAGUGUACUAAUUUUCAUUUGUGUAUUUAUUUCAUUAAAACAAUAUUUUUCUACUUUUGAAAUUUAAAAUCCUCAAAUCAAAAUGGAAGAUAUUUUUCAUUGGUGCAGGGAAGGAAAUGCAAUGCAAGUCCGUGUUUGGUUGGAUGAUACUGAAAAUGACAUGAACCAAGGAGAUGAUCAUGGAUUCAGUCCGUUGCACUGGGCUUCUAAAGAAGGGCACACUAAAAUUGUCGAGUUGCUGCUUCAGCGUGGUGCCCGAGUUAAUGCCACUAAUCGCGGAGACGAUACGCCUCUUCACCUGGCUGCUGCACAUGGUCAUCGAGAAAUUGUCCAUAUGUUGUUGCGUAAUCGUGCGGACAUCAACUUCACAAACGAGCACGGAAACACGCCGCUGCACUAUGCAUGUUUCUGGGGCUACCAACAACUCGCGGAGGACCUCAUAUCACAAGGUGCUCUAGCGUCUCUGGCCAAUAAAGACGGUGACACUCCGCUUGACAAGGCACGGGGGCCUUUGGCCAAACGGCUACAUGAUUUGGCUGUUGAGACUGGACAGGACUUGAAGAAAAUUAACUUCAAGGACCAAAGCUGGCUUGGACUUAAGACCCGAAGCCGUGAUGCUACAUUGUCUCGUCACAAAGGUAUCAACAUCUCAGAUCUCUCACUACACACUCGUAUUGCUGUAUCCCCCUCGGGCGAGACCUGGCGUGGACGAUGGCAAAAGAACGACAUUGUAGCCAAGAUACUGGCUGUGAGAGAGUGUACUCCUCGUAUCUCUAGGGACUUCAAUGAGGAGUUUCCUAAACUAAGGAUCUUCUCUCAUCCGAAUGUGUUGCCUGUGGUUGGCUGCUGUAACUCUCCGCCCAGCCUCGUAGUGAUCAACCAGCACAUGCCGUGGGGUUCGUUGUUCACUCUACUGCACGAGGGUGCUGGCGUGGUGGUAGACUCCGCUCAGGCUCUGCGGUUCGCUGUCGAUGUCGCCCGAGGGAUGGCAUUCCUACACAGUCUAGAGCGCCUCACCCCACGCUACCACCUCAACAGCCGACACAUCAUGAUCGACGAGGACCUGACAGCAAGAAUCAACAUGGCCGAUGCUAAGUUCUCUUUUCAAGAGAAAGGCCGUGUCUACUAUCCAGCUUGGAUGUCUCCUGAGGCGCUUCAAAAGAAGCCUAGCGAGAUCAACCUUGAGGCUAGCGAUAUGUGGAGUUUCGCCGUACUUCUGUGGGAGCUCGCUACUCGUGAGGUUCCCUUUGCUGACUUGUCCCCCAUGGAAGUGGGAAUGAAGGUCGCUCUGGAGGGUCUCCGCAUCAGUAUUCCCCCCGGCAUCUCGUCCCACCUGGCCAAGUUGAUCAGGAUCUGUAUGAACGAGGAUCCUGGAAAACGUCCGACCUUCGACAUGGUGCUUCCGAUUUUGGAUAAGAUGAAGCGAUAAGUCACUUGCCGACCUGUCGUAGAAUCUCCGGUGUAUUUUGCAUCCCCUAACCAAGCAGUUCUCAAACUUAGGUUUGUUCCAAUCGAUUGUAGAUGAUUUUAUUUAUUGUGCCAUAAGGUCCAUAAUUUCAAACACUUUGUGUAGCCUAGUUCAAACACUUUAGUUUUACGUUAUGUUAUCAUGUUACCUUGUUUGAGUACUGCUGCAAGAUUAUUUAUAUUUUAACGAUUUAGGUUGACAAUUUCUAGAGAAUUUUAUUUAGCCUGAUUUAUUUUUAAAGUAUAAAAAAAUUAUAUACAUUUUGUGAACAUUGUAAUUGUUCAAAAAGGUAAAAUCAAUGGCUGAACUAAUAUCUAUUUUGGUUCAAUAUGUAUACAAAGUUUUAAACAGCCAAUGGUGCUCGGUGGAUGUGCAUUUUUGGUUUAUGGUCACACUUUGAAAAGUUUGAGAAUUGCUGUUUUUACCCCGUAACUAACCUGGAGAGUAAGUGAACAAAAAUAAUACUUUGAAGUACACUUAGCUAAUUUCAAAAUUUUGAAUAUACUGCCAACAAACAUUAACCACAAGCUUUGUAGUAAUGAUUUUCAAAUAGCCUGCCUCCUUAAGUGUGUAGUAAUUUAUUUAGAAUGGCUACGAAGAUUUGCAAGUGUAAUAAUCCUAAGCAUUUAAAUUAGGAUAUUUUUUGUUAUUUUCCUAGGAGUUGAUCGAUUGAGGUUAUAGUUGGUUUUACAAAAACGAUAGUAGGUUUAACAAAAAAAUUAACCAUGUAUACAUAUUUGUUAAUUUGUAUAUUUUAGCCUAAUCCAAACAUUCAACAAAAAACAAUAACAUUUUUAGUAUGAUUAUUUUACUCAUGCUUAUGAUGUAAGAUUCAGUGCUAAUUUUCAGACUACUAAUGAUCAUUUAUUACAAUUAAUAUUUUUAAUCAACAGUAUUAUAGUGGUUAUAUUUGAUUUUGGUGUGGUCUUUACUUGGCAUUUUGGGUUAGUUUCUAACAAGAUAACAAGGUAAUUCAAGGAGGAAUUUAUAUUUUCUAUCAUUUUAGAAGUUAAAAUGUUAUUGUUGAUUUUUAAUCAUUCGCAGUUUCAGAUUAUUUUUUAGUGCUGUAGUUAUGCAGGGAACGUAUGUUUGGUACAAAGUGUACAUUUAUCUGUCUGUACAAAUAUCAGUCAUACAGUAUUGGAAUGCGAUGAUGUUUUAUAGAGUUUAAGAUAUAUAUUAUAUACAGUUAUAUUCAAUGUUAGUAAUAAUUUUAUGUACAGUUUCAAAUUUUCUGUCACAUUUUAGCUCAAAUGUUAACAAUAUUUGAAGCACAAAAGAUAUUUUAGUAGAGUCGUUUUACUUGUAUUAUUCUGUGUAUUGUUGUUUUAUUCAAGGACUAUUCAUCUGACAGAUGUUUUUAUUUCAAUAACAUUUUGAAAAGGAAGACAGAUUGACUUUUUAACUGUACUAAAAGUGGCUUGUUAGUUUUUUAGGUCUCUCAAUUUUUGUAAGGAUUACAUAGUCUACGCUAAACAUUCUUGUUUUUAUUCAGAUGUUAAAUUAUAUAUAAAUAUAUAUAUAUAUAUAUAUACAUAUAUAAAAUAAAGUUUUUAACUAUUACGUUGAGUACUGUGUGUUCCCGGAUGAGAUUUUUUACUUAAGAAACAUUGGGAAAUUGAUAUUAGUUAAAAGCUAGAUUUAGGCUACUGACGAUUUUUAUCAGAAAAGUUCAAGUUUAAGUGUUCAAACUUUUCUGCUUCCAAUAACUACAGGAAACAUUCUCCGUCGUAUUUUGCCUUGAUACUUAGCAUAGAAGUCAAUUAUAAGUCCGAAUUUUGGAAUAGAAUAGGCUGUGCUUGAAGUGUUCAAACAAUUUAAUUUUACAUUGUCUUGCCAAGAUUUAAUAUCGUCUCAUCUAUAAAAUGUUAAGUGUCCAUGAAAUUGUACUUAAAGCUAAAAGUUUGUAAUGAAUAUUUAAAUUAUCUUUCAGUCUAAGAUUGUUUAUUUACUUUAAAUUUUUUGGUCACUUAUUUGUUGGUUGGUAAAUAACAUCUUUUAAAAUAUUUAAUAUUCUGACUAUUACCAUUGGUUUCUUUGAUGGUUUAUUAUUACCUUUUAACUCUAGAUAUAAAUAAUAUUAAAUCCCAAAAAUUACAUGAAUAUACAUAAUUAAGUGGUCACAAUAUUAGGGAAUUUAUAAUUCAAUUUAAAUAUUUAACUUGUUUAGUUUAGUUAAUGUUUUGCUGUAAUUUGUUUUCAUAAAUGAAUGUAACUGUGGAAUUGUGUUCAUUAAUAAUAAUCCUAUUUAUUUUAUGUUUAGGAGUACUUUAUGUUAUAACUUAACAUUAUGUAUUGUAGAAGCUUUUACAUUUAAGUAUUUAUUCCUGUCAAAAUUAUAAUGUAUGGAUAGGUAAAUUUUAUAAUUAAUUUUUCUGUGUAGAAUUUAACUGUUAAAAAGGUCAACAACUUACAGUAAAAUAAUUGCUCAUUAUAGAUAUAUAUUAUGUGAAGUAGACAUUCCAAAGUUUUAGAAUUAAAAAUAACUUAAUGCAAUUUAGCCAACAAUGCUGCUGUAACAACUGUUUUCUCUUAUAUACACCCAAAUAAUUCUUGAUUAUACAAAAAGGAAUGGGCAACUUCAUACUAACUAUGACAUCUUGUAUCUAUUCAUCAACUUUCAGAGACUAAAAUACUUGAAUACAGUAUCAUUUCACUCAUUCUUCAGUUGACUGUGUCUUUGAGUGGAAAAGGGUUAAAAUUAUCCAUGUAGAUGGGAUGUCUACUUCUACUUCAGUAACUAAACCGAUGGUAAAACUAAGCUGAGUUUUGGAACAAAUUGGUUGAAAUUUCUUUACAUUCAAAAGUAGAAAUUAAUUUACAAUCUUGACUUUUUAUUAGGGAUGGACGAGAUUGGAUUUUGAGUUCGAGACGAGACGAGACGAGAUUUUUUUAUUUCUCAUAAAAUUUCGAGACGAGAUCGAGACGGGAUUUCCCUUCUCAUACACAACGGGAAAUAAACGUUCGGAAUUUUUACCUGAUUUUGUAUCAUUGUUAGAUGACUGUUUAAAUAGAAAAAUAAUGAUAAUAGGCAAGAAUAUUUGCAAUCUUUUAUUAAAAAACAUCAGCAUAACAUUUUUUUAUUAAUCACGCCUAAAUUAUUAAAAAUGCCUACGAUGAGGAAACAUAGUGAUAUCAGUUAGGAUAGAACUGAAGACUAGACCUUAUCCUAAAAUAAAAUAAAUCAUAAAAUAAAAUAUUAAUUUUUAUAAAAUAGUUACUUGUUUUGACUUUUUUAUAGUAAUAAAACAUUCCUCACACUGCUAACACUUAACAAAACUUCUCAAAUGUUAUUAAAAUAAUUAAAGUAAUAUUUACAUUUGAAGAAUUAAUUAAAUAAGAACGCCUUCACAAAGGAAACGCAACUACAACACGCUCCUGUAUUGCGGGUAUUGCAUUGACUUUCUGCAGGCGUUUUUAAUUUUUUUUUUUUUUAAUUCUCGUCUCGAUAAAAAUCUCGGCCAAAAAAAAAUCUCGUCUCGUGUAACGAGAUUUAAAAUUUCCCGAAAAUUUCCCGAAAUUUCGAGACUUCACCAUCCCUACUUUUUAUGUUAUUUAACUAAACCAAUAUUUUCUAUUUAAAUUCAAAAGCUUGAGUGUAAUUUAUACUGAAUAUCUGUAUAAAUUUCCUCCUCAUACGCAGGAUUAUUUAUGAAUUCUACUAGUCUUUAUUUAUAUUUCACUUCCACCUUUAGUUUACUGAAAUAAUUUUUAGAAUAGUAUACUCUGGUAUGUCAAUUCAGUGUUUAAAACAUUUGGUGCCUUUAGUGCUUAUUAGCACAUACAAUUUAUGCCAGUUAUAGUUUUCUUUUCAACCAUGAACAUAAACUCAAUGCAAUAAUUUAUUAUGUACUCCUCUUCCGAAUAAGGAUGGAAUAGUAUAUAUUGCGUAACAAGAGUAGAAAGUGAGUCAUUACAUAUUUGAGACCAUGUUUAUAAACCCGACCAUAUUGCCGAGAAUAUGUAAAGCCCCACUUCCACUCCUGUUUUGACCGUUACUUUUCGCUACACUACAAAGACUAAUAAUUUUCCUAGACAUUGGAUAUUUCUUAUUAAAGAACAUUAAGUUACAAAACUCACAGCAAGUUUUACGUUAUGCCUUCAAUUUAAAGGUGAUAUUUACUUUGGUUGUACAGAUUUUGUUGUUAAAAAUUGAAACAGUUGACGAAACAAUAACAAAUAUUUGUUUGUUUACGUCGGCAAAAUCCAAAAAACAAUCGAAUGAUGAAUUUUCUCAGGUGAUAAACAUGUAACGGAAACAGGUCAUUUGACAGUAGUGUAGCGAAAACUAUUUUAUUUUACAACCAAAAGAGAUGAUGUCAACUGUAUUUUUAAUAAUAUUUAAGUUAGUUCUUUUAACCAUAAACAUUUUUACUCUCGCUUUUAAGUCUUUAAGUAGGCUCUAAUCUUAAUUUAUGCGUCUAAUCUGGUUUGUAUUUUUUACAAUUUUGUUUUAUGUAUAUAACUCUAGUUUGUAUUUAUUGUUCUGUUAUUAAUUAUAAUAAAUGUUUAAUGUAAC